CCAUAAACCAAUGGCUCAGUAUAACUGUUCCUCUCUGGGUCUGCCUGCCACCACUCCUGACCAGCUUGGUUGGAAUGUGUCCUGGGCCCUGGGCAACGUCAGUGCUGAUGACAUGGAGGACAUGUGCCUGAAUCGGAGUCAGUACCUGGAGAAGUUUCUAGGCUUCCAGCAGUCGCCUGUUUUCCUGCCAGUUUGCAUUACCUUCCUCAUCAUCUUCGCUGUGGGAGUGUUAGGUAACGUGCUCACCUGCGCCGUCAUCGUGCGCUACAAGGUGAUGCGGACGCCAACUAAUUACUACCUGUUCAGUCUGGCCGUGUCCGACUUACUGGUCCUAGUCCUGGGGAUGCCGUUGGAACUCUACGAGAUGUGGAGCAACUACCCGUUUCUGUUCGGCGCUGGUGGCUGUUACUUCAAGACCUUCCUGUUUGAGACGGUCUGCUUUGCCUCCAUUCUCAAUGUAACGGCACUGAGCGUGGAGCGCUACAUAGCCGUGUUACACCCGCUGAAAGUCAAGCACGUGGCCACGCACGCCCAUGCCAAGCGUGUGAUCCUGAUAGUGUGGGUCAUGUCCAUGGUGUGUGCCAUGCCAAACACCAGCCUCCACGGGUUGGCCGUGUUGAGGCCUCGAUUUGGCCGCCAAUUCCCAGAGUCGGCCGUCUGCAUGAUGGUCAAGCCCAUGUGGAUGUACAACCUGAUUAUUCAAGUGACCACGCUGGUCUUCUUCCUGAUGCCUAUGCUCACCAUCAUUGUGCUGUACCUGCGCAUCGGUCUGCAGCUCAGGAUGGAGAGGGGCAUGCAGGGGGUCAGGAUCGGGCAGGGUUUUGGUCCUGAUCGCCACUGCAGGCACCAGCAGAGGGCGCGCCACAGACAAGUCACCAAGAUGCUUUGCGUACUGGUGAUUGUUUUUGGCAUCUGCUGGGCUCCCUUCCACAUUGACCGUCUCAUGUGGAGCUUCAUAAACUCCUGGACUGGCCACCACCACCUGGUCUUCGAGUACGUCCACAUUGUCUCCGGGGUCUUCUUCUACCUCAGCUCGGCGGUCAACCCCAUCCUCUACAACCUCAUGUCCACCCGCUUCCGGGAGAUGUUCCAGCAGAUCACGUGUCGCUCCGGCCUCUGUGGCGGCGACGUGCGCAUGCUGAACGCCCGUAGCACCCAAAUGACCCUACGUAGUAUCGUCUAUGAGAAGCCGCAACAUAAUGGGACCCCAGAGAGAAUCACCCCAGACAGAGAGGAGCAGAAUGUGUACGUAAACCCCCACGGCCAGCAUGUAUAUGGCAAUACAAGCCCUGAUUAGAUAGAGGGUGAUGGGGUGGGGGUACCAAAACAAUGUAUAAACAUUAACUAAGAUUGGGUACCAAAAUGAGAAAAUGUGUAGCUGAUUGAACGUGUACAGCGAGAGUUUGGAUGGAAAGCAACAGAGUUGAAGUUGAAGUUUUGCCCUAGACUUUGGAUUUAAAGUGGAAUUUUCACUGGGCAAUAACAAAAUUAACUAGGAUGAGGUACCAAAAUGUAAUUAUUAAAUCGAUCACUGCUUGAAUGUGUAGCAGGUAGGUAUUUAUUGGGAUGACUCAUGUGCAGCUUUGUAGAGUAGACACAGCCACAAAGUUAUACAAUCAGAUUUGAAACCUAACCCUAACCACCCUGCUAACCUUAUGCCUGGGGCGGCAGGGUAGCCUAGUGGUUAGAGCGUUGGACUAGUAACCGAAAGGUUGCAAGUUCAUAUCCCUGAGCUGACAAGGUACAAAUCUGUCGGGCAGGUAACCCACUGCUCCUAGGCCGUCAUUGAAAAUAAGUUAAAUAAAGGUCAAAUAAAUAAAUAAAUAACCCUAACAUAGAGACAAUUUUGACUUUGCAGCAGGCCCAUCUAGUGGAAAUCGCUUAGCUCUGCCUCCAGAACACGACAUCUCAAUAAAUAUCAACCUGCGACUGUGUACAGCCAGAGUGGAUAGAGGGAAAGUAAUAAAGUGGUUUUCACACACACAUACAAUUAGUUAUGUGGGAUAUUCAAAUGUUUAUUCCGUGCAGAUGAAAGUGUUC